AUGGGUGACCCGGGGGACAUUUGUCCCCACCUGGAAUCCAUAGGGGAGGUCACCAAGGAGGACCUUCUGCAGAAAUCCAAGGUGAGAGAAAAUUAUGAUUUCUAAAGAGACUUGCCCAGUCGAGAGCUUGGGACUAUAAGGUUCUAUCUGCAUUUUGGUCGAAAUUGUACUGUAAAUACCCAAAUUCAUAUUGUUAAGUUCAAAAGAAUACAAGAUGAAAAAUGCUGACACCAUUAAAACCAAUGAUGGUUUGGAACUUUUUAAAGACAAUUAUCUCAUAAUCAUCUUUUUGCAGAUAUAGCCUUAUAGCCCCAAGCUCUCGCAGUGUCAAGCAUCUUGAAUAUGUAUAGAAUGGAUGCAAUGUGACCAAAGUAAUGUAUUUUACUCUUGAGUCAUGUCUUCUAGAUUUGCCUUCACAUAUUUUUCUGGUCUAAAAGGCCCUUAGUCCCACAAAAUGUAAAAAAAUAAAAGUACUAUACAUUCUGGUGGUCUGACAAAAUCACACAGGAGUUGGUGCUGUAUAAUUGUUUUGUUCUGAAGGGAACCUGCCAGUUAUGUGUAGCGGGAGGUCCCAACCUCUGGGCCUGUCUUCAGGUAAACAACAGGCUUUUUCUUUGAGUGUGCUUUUCUUCACAAUUUCAGAUAUUCUGAGGACCAUGACAUAUUUUUUUUAACCCAUAGACUAAUGUCUAAUGUAAUUCUUUAUUUAUUUUGGUCAGAGCGAGUGUCAAUAUGUUGGCUGUGGAGAAUCUUUUUCAGAUCACAGCACCCUACACGCACAGGUGAGUUCUUCUCAGAGCGUUUCUUCUUUGGGUAGAGAGAUGCCAUUUCUAGAUUAAGAUCACUUUAUUGGCACAACCGAAAUUUGACUUCCACUUUCAACCCCUCAGAGAAACACACGCAACAGCAUUUAGGAUUUAAUACCAGCAACCCUGCGGUUGCCAGCUCACUUCCCGCCAGAUCUUUCCUAUCGGACCUGAGAUUUGAACUGGUAACCCUCCGGUUGCUGGCUCGCCUCUCAAACCGACAGGCUACCUGCCGCCCUAACAUUUCUUGCAACAAAAAUAUGUUUUUCAAAGCUUAUUUUGUGUGUGGGUGGGCGUGUGUGUCUCUGUGUCUCUCUCCCCCUAGACUAAGAAACACAACCUGACAGUAAACCUGACAACGUUCAGGAUCUGGUGCUAUGUGUGUGAGAGGGAGGUGUUUCUAGAGCAGAGGCCUGCAGUGGUAUCUGCUAUGUCUGCCACACACACUCCCCACCACUGUAAAGCAAUGGACAACCAGGUACGCCAUCGCACAAAGGUCAGCUCAGCUAUAUUAAACUAUACUAUGUUUACGUGCCAUUUGGGCACUGGUCUAAAUUAGUGCACUAUAUAGGGAAUAGGGUGCCAUUUGGGAUGGGCCCUAUAUCAACUAUGGGUAACAUCAUAAUAUCUUUAAUUUAGAAAGCGUUCAUAAACUAUUCAGAAGGACUGCAAAAUGUACUGUGUAUAAAGCAUUGAUUUAUUAUAAAGUUUUACUCAACUAUGUUUUAAUUUUGAUCAGCUGACAUUGACACUUGUGAGCUGAAAUGCAGCCGAUGCUGUGUUAAUAUAUUUUAAUUGGCUUCCCACAGGCACACAGACUGAUGUUCUUGUUUGUUAUUUUUAAUGACGAUUAAUAAUUUUCCCAGGAUGCAGUUCAUCAACCAGUGAGUCAACACCACCCGUUGAAGGCAGUGCCCAUCGCGGUGGCAGAAGAAGAGGGGUCAGAGUCGGAGGAGGAUGACCUCAAACCCAGAGGUAACCUCUGACCCAUCUCUCGUCAACAUGGCAACCAUUCAAUAACAGUAAAGAAUACAGUGCAUUCGGAAAGUAUUCAGACGCCUUCACUUUUUCCACAUUUUGUUGCGUUACAGCCUUAUUCUAAAAUGGAUUACAUUUUUUUUUAAAUGUACUCAUCAAUCUACACACAAUACCCCAUAAUGACAAAGUGAAAACUGGUUUUUAGAAAUGUUAGCAAAUGUAUUAAAAAUAAAAAACAGAAAUACCUUAUGUAAAUAAGUAUUCAGACCCUUUGCUAUGAGACUCGAAAAUUGAGCUCAGGUGCAUCCUGUUUCCAUUGAUCAUCCUUGAGAUGUUUCUACAACUUAAUUGUUUCUACAACCACCUGUGGUAAAUUCAAUUGAUUGGACAUAAUUUGGAAAGGCACACACCUGUCUAUAUAAGGUCCCACAGUUGACAGUGCAUGCCAGAGCAAAAACCAAGCCAUGAUGUCGAAGGAAUUGUCCGUAGAGCUCCGAGACAAGAUUGUGUCGAGGCACAGAUCUGGGCAAGGGUACCAAAACAUUUCUGCAGCAUUGAAGGUCCCCAAGAACACAGUGGCCUCCAUCAUUCUUAAAUGGAAGAAGUUUGGAACCACCAAGACUCUUCCUAGAGCUGGCCGCCCGGCCAAACUGAGCAAUCGGGGGAGAAGAGCCUUGGUCAGGGAAGUGACCAAGAACCCAAUGGUCACUCUGACAGAGCUCCAGCGUUCCUCUGUGGAGUUGGGAGAACCUUCCAGAAGGACAACCAUCUCUAUAGCACUCCACCAAUCAGGCCUUUAUGGUAGAGUGGCCAGACGGAAGCCACUCCUCAGUAAAAGGCACAUGACAGCCCGCUUGGUGUUUGCCUAAAGGACACCUCCUUUGCCUAAAGGACACCUCCUUUGGCCGCAAUUCCUUCCAGUUCUCUGCUGCCAAUGACUGGAACAAAUUGCAAAAAUCUCUGAAGCUGGAGACACUUAUCUCCCUCACUAACUUUAAGCAUCAGUUGUCAGAGCACCUUACCGAUCACUGCACCUGUACACAGCCCAUCUGAAAUUAGCCCGCCCAACUACCUCAUCCCUAUAUUGUUAUUUAUUUUGCUCAUUUGUACCCCAGUAUCUCUAUUUGCACAUCAUCUCUUGCACAUCAUUCCAGUGUUAAUACUAAAUUGUAAUUAUUUUGCACUAUAGCCUAUUUUAUUGCCUUACCUCCAUAACUUGCUAAAUUUGCACACUGUAUAUUAUAUGUAUUUCUGUUGUAUUUUUGACUUUGUUUUGUUUUACCCCAUAUGUAACUCUGUGUUGUUGUUUUUAUCGCACUGCUUUGCUUUAUCUUGGCCAGGUCGCAGUUGUAAAUGAGAACUUGUUCUCAACUGGUUUACCUGGUUAAAUAAAGGUGAAAUAAAAAAAUAAAAAAAAUAAAAAGGACUCUGACCAUGAGAAACAAGAUUCUCUGGUCUGAUGAAACCAAGAUUGAACUCUUUGGCCUGAAUGCCAAGCGUCACGUCUGGAGGAAACCAGGCACCGCUCAUCACCUGGCCAAUACCAUCCCUAAGGUGACGUAUGGUGGUGGCAGCAUCAUCAUGCUGUGGAGAUGUUUUCAGCGGCAGGGACUGGGAGACUAGUCAGGAUCGAGGGAAAGAUGAAUGGAGCAAAGUACAGAGAGAUCCUUGAUGAAAACCUGUUCCAGAGAGCUCAGGACCUCAGACUGGGGCGAAGGUUCACCUUCCAACAGGACAAAAACCCUAAGCACACAGCCAAGACAACGCAGGAGUGGCUUCGGUACAAGUCUCUGAAUGUCCUUGAGUGGCCCAGUCAGAGCCCGGACUUGAACCCAAUCUCUGGAGAGGACUGAAAAUUGCUGUGCAGCGACGCACCCCAUCCAACCUGACAGAGCUUGAGAGGAUCUGCAGAGAAGAAUGGGAGAAACUCCCCAAAUAAAGGUGUGCCAAGCUUGUAGCGUCAUACCCAAGAAGACUAGAGGCUGUAAUCGCUGCCAAAGGUGCUUCAACAAAGUACUGAGUAAAUGUAAUAUAAAAUAAAUGUGUAAAAAUGUCUAAAAACCUGCUUUUGCUUUGUCAUUAUGGGGUAUUGUGUGUAGAUUGAUUGACUGGAUUUUAAUUCAUUUUUAAAUCCAUUUUAGAAUAAGGCUGUAACGUAAAAAAUGUGGAAAAAGUCAAGGGGUCUGAAUACUUUCCGAAUGCAUUGCAUAUUGUCCAACAUAUACACAGUUCAACUGAUACCCUUAGCCUGUACAGGGGCAUACCUAGUCAGUUGCACAACUGAAUGCAUUCAACCGAAAGUUUUCUCUUUAUGGGUGACAACCAUAGCCAUCAGAUAUGGUCUGCAUUUUAAAUUUAACAUAUUAUGUUACAAAUGUAACAUACGAUCAGAUCUAGAGCUCUGUAGAAUUGGUUUAUUCAUCCUUUUCUCUAGAUGACACGCUUAGCAGGUCUAUCCCUUAGUGAAUUAUGCCAAGCUGAUUUGGUUAGGGACCUCCCAAAUUAUCUGAGAGCCAGAUGAGGCAAGCUCAGGGUUAGGAGAAAUAUAAUUGCUUUCGGCCUAAGAAUAGGUACCAGACCCAGGUACCAGACAAUGGUAAUAGACUGAUGGUCAAUAUUAACUGACAGGGUCCAUGCCAUGCAUUUUCACUAACAGAUGUAGUAUCUUAAUUUGAUCACUCUGUUGUUGCAGAUCAUUUUUCAUGCACUGCAAGAAAUUAAAAUGAGCCUUGUGGUUUACAUAAAUUCAUUGAAAGCCCGCAGUUCUUUCUCUCACUAGAUCACACACCUAAACCAUAGCCUACCGUAGCCUAUCAAAACUAAUUUACCGUAAGAAAUUAUCACUUUUUUAUUUAUUUUAAUAAUCAAAUCCUCCAGGAAUAUUUUACUCCUGUGAGAAACUGGUCAAAAGAAGAUCCCACAUACUGCAUGUAGCCAUGUUCUCCAAAUGUUAGGUGUAAACAGUGGAGUGGCCUGUAUCAUAGCCCUACCAUAUAAUAUAUAUUAUAAAUAUACCUGUAUGAUGUUAGCUUGUUUUUUUCCCCUACAUCUUGUCCUUCUCAAAGGUCUGACAGGGAUGAAGAAUAUCGGUAACUCCUGCUACAUGAACGCAGCUCUUCAAGCCCUGUCCAACUGGUGAGGUCACUUCCUGUCUCGUUUCGUCCUUAAAGCUGAUAGUGUGUGACUGUGCGUGUGCGCAUAUGUGUGCGUCUUCCAGUCCCUCCACGAUUCUGCAAUAGCAGAUUUUUUUUCAAAAUCAACAAUUUUAUAGGGUGUCCACCCACUCUCCCCAGAGUGGGUGAAAACGCACUUUGGUGAUGACAUUUUCUGAAUUGUUCAGUGGGGUCUUUCUCUAACAUACACUUGAGUGUACAAAGCACCUAAUAUUAAGUUACACACCCCUUUGCCCUCAGAACAGUCUCAAUUCGUCGGUGCAUGGACUUUACAAGGUGUCAAGUGUUCCACAGGGAACACACUCAAACCAGUGCGCCUAGCACCUACUACCAUACCCCUUUCAAAGGCACUUAAUAUUUUUGUCUUGCCCAUUCAUCCUCUGAAUGGCACACACACAUAAACAUUCCAUGUCUCAAUUGUCGCGUACCGGUUUGUGUCAAAAACUGCAACGCUGCUGGGGUUUUCAAGCUGAACAGUUUCCUGUGUGUAUAAAGAAUGGUCCACCACCCAAAGGACAUCCAGCCAACUUGACACAACUGUGGGAAGCAUUGGCGUCAACAUCGGCCAGCAUCCCUGUGGAAUGCUUUCAACACCUUAUAGAGUCCAUGCCCCGACGAAUUGAGGCUGUUCUGAGGGGGGGUGCAACUCAAUAUGAGGAAGGUGUUACUAAUGUUUGGUAUAGUCAGUGCAUUAUCCGAGGGCAUGCAUAUUUUACCAAUCACCUGCAUAAAACAGUCAAAUCAUCGCAAUAUUAUCACAUAAGACUGACCCAUCGCUGCAGUACAAAAAGAAGGCUCGCAAUUUCAACCAAUCACUGCACAUUUAUUGCAAACAAAUUGGUAAAAAUCAUAGAAUAUUGCAAUGCAAAAUGUAAUAAUUGCCAAAGCAAAAUCAAUAAUUUUAGCCUGCAGAAAAAGCUCAGUGGAAUCCUGGAGGGACUGCUCGUUUCAGCAGUGUGUUAGUUUUCAUAGAUUGGAUCUCUGACUGACCAGUUCUUCCUCCCCUCACCCCUCUAAUCCCUCUCCAGUCCUCCUCUCACUCAGUUCUUCUUGGACUGCAGUGGACUGGUGCGGACCGACAAGAAACCUGCGCUGUGCAAGAGCUACCAGAAACUAAUCUCUGAGCUCUGGCACAAGAAACGGUAGUGUACCAAUGGACAUGCUAAUAUGUUGAAUGUUAGACUGUAUGCAUAUUUUUGGACUAGAUAUUCACAAGAAUGUAGCAAAAUUCUGUUUUUAAAUUAUACUGUAUGACGUAUGAGGUAGAAGAAAAUACAUCUUACCCCAGGACACGUUCACUAGAUGACUAUCCCAGAAAGCGUAUGACUUGUUUAAUGAGUCUACUUGCUUAGUCAUGGUCUGCUUCACAUUAUGCUUUCUCCUCCUCUUCUUCAUCCUCUCUCUCACUUUCUUUCUCUCUCUGUGUGUGUGUCUCUCUCUCUCCCCCUCCAACUCUCUCUCUUUCCUCCAGGCCCAGUUACGUGGUCCCCACCAGUUUGUCCCAGGGCAUCAAGCUGGUCAACCCCAUGUUCCGUGGCUACGCCCAGCAGGUAGGGGCAAGCUCCCAGCAGGUAGGAAACAAAACAACGCCCUGACCCCUAGCCCUACCCCCUCUUACCCCUCUCUUUAACCCCUGACCUAACCCACCUCUCCCUGUGACCCAUACCCCCAAAAUGACCACUGUUGCCACAAACCAAAUGGACCUCCGGGGACAAUGACGUUUCAUAGGUUGAUUGUUGUGUUGCUGAUUGGCUAACCCUGUCAGUGAUAACUGGAAGUAGGGUGCCAAGACAGUGAAAUGGGGAAGAUCUCAAUUGCAUACUCCUCACAUCCUCUCUCCUAGUCUCCUUCUCAAAACCCAUUGGAGGAGAAAGUCAGGAGACGAGGAGAGAGAGGACGCGAGGAGUAUGCAAUUGAGAGCUUCCCAUAGGUUGCAUCUCAAAUGGCACCCAAUUCUCUAUGUAGUGCACUACUUUUGACCAGAGCGCUAUGGGUCCUGGUCAAAAGUAGUGCACCCUGGUCAAAAGUAGUGCACUAUAUAGGGAAUAUGGUGCCAUUUGGGAUGCAGAUGUGCUCUAACUAACACACAGUAACUAGGUUACAUUUUGAUGUUACUGCUUCGCGUUAAUCCGUGUUUGGUUGAUUGGAAUGGGAUUGUGUGUAUUUGCCUUUUGGUUUUGAUUGCUGUGGAGAAAUACAAUGACAAAACUGCUGUGAAAAUAGUGUUGUGAUGAGCAUGCUCUCUCUGUUUGUCUUGGUUCAACACCUCCUUUCACCAUCACACACACUCUCAAUGGCUGUCUGUGCCUAAGAGCUGCAGGGAACACACUUGCACAGAACUGUACACACACACACUUUUUCCCUGCUUCAUAGCCCUCCCACACCAAUCUCCCCUCUCUCUCUUUCUACUUGAUAGAGCAGCAUGCUCCCCUCUUCUACUUCUGUGUGUGUGAUCUGUGUGUGUGUAAUCUGAGUGUGUGUGUGAUCUGAGUGUGUGUGUGAUCUGAGUGUGUGUGUGAUCUGUGUGUGAUCUGUGAUCUGUGUGUGAUCUGUGAUCUGUGUGUGAUCUGAGUGUGUGUGUGAUCUGAGUGUGUGUGUGUGUGAUCUGUGUGUGUGAUCUGUGUGUGUGUGUGUGAUCUGAGUGUGUGUGUGUGUGUGAUCUGAGUGUGUGUGUGUGUGUGAUCUGAGUGUGUGUGUGUGUGUGUGUGUGUGUGAUCUGAGUGUGUGUGUGUGAUCUGAGUGUGUGUGUGUGUGUGUGAUCUGUGAGUGUGUGUGUGAUCUGAGUGUGUGUGUGAUCUGAGUGUGUGUGUGUGUGUGUGUGUGACCUGAGUGUGUGUGAUCUGAGUGUAAAGGACAGUUCCACACACCCUCCCUCUUGCCUUGUGAUCUACUACAUAGGACACCCAGGAGUUCCUGCGCUGUCUGAUGGACCAACUCCACGAGGAGCUCAAGGAGCCACUGGCAGAGUAUGUUGGGGGAGGGGAGGGGGAUGAGCGGAGGGACGGGGGCGACCGCUCCCCUAAUGAGGAUGACUUCCUCUCCUGCGACUCGGGCGCCAGCAGCGACCGGGGAGAGGGAGGAGGGCUGGGUGAGGCGGGGCUGCUCAUCCAGGACGAGUGUGGGGUGUCGCCAAGGGUGGGAGGAGGGGGGACAGGCACUGGGGGGCGAGCAGGGACAGGAGGGCCCAUCUCGGAGAAAGAGAGGCUGAAGGAGAAGAGGGUGUUGGGCUCGCCCCUCCACGGAGGCUCCCAGGAGAUGGACGAGGACGCAGAUGUGGAUACGGCGGCGGCCGAGGAGGGGGCUCUGGAGAGGGGGGCGGAGGAGGAGGAGGGGACCCCCCCUAGUCCUAGACCACAGAGCCCACAGAGCCCCAGUCUGAGCCCGAGUCAGACACAGGGACAGGGGCAGAUGCAGAGCAACAACACUCCAGGUAUGGGCCUGGUUAUUGUUGGAGCCAAAACACAGAGAGAGAAUCUGGCCGCAUAUUUUAAUUCACGGGCAAUAAAGAUAAGACGAGUGUUAUUUUAGAUUCUGAACUAAAUUUCGAAUCACACAAUAGGAAUGUGACCAAAAUAGCUUUUUUACCACCUGAAACAUUGCCACGGUGCGGUCUUUUCUCUCUCAGGCUGAUACAGACAGACUCAUCCAUGCUUUCAUUACAAGCAGGCUUGACUAUUGUAAUGCUCUCCUGUCUGGUCUACCCAAGAACUCCAUUGGUCAACUGCCAAACAUACAGAAUGCUGCAGCACGGGUACUGACCAGGACCAGACGGAGAGCACACAUUGCUCGUCCCAUAUAUUUCUUUAUUCUUAAUUCCAUUGCUUUAAUUAGAUUUGUGUACUUUGGGUAUAUGUUGUGAAAUUGUUAGAUAUUACUUGUUACAUAUUACUGCACUGUCGGAGCUAGAAACACAAGCAUUUCGCUGCACCCACAAUAACAUCUGCUAAACACGUGUAUGUGACCAAUAAAAUUUGAUUUGAUUUGAUGCACUGGUUUUAAAUUCUCUGCACUGGCUGCCUGUGAGUUUUUUAAGAUUCUUCUAUUGGUUUUUAAAUAAAUCCAUGAUUGUGCACCUCAAUACAUGUCAGACAUGCUUUUGAGUUAUGUACCCAGUAGGUCCCUCAAGUCCUCUGGCACUGUCCUUUUAACUAUCCCAAAGCCUAGGACCAAGAGGCACGGAGAGGCAGCCUUUAGUUACUAUGCCCCCAGCCUCUGGAACAGCCUGCCAGAGAACCUGAGGGGGGCAGAAACUGGAGAUGUUAAAACACACAUUUUUAGCUUUGCUUUUCCUCAUGGUGCUUUUUAGUGUUUCAGUUUCUAUUGUUAUUCUUUAGUUUUUUAUCCUCUUAUGUUUGUUGUGUAGUAAAUAUUUCUGAUUUGAUUUUCAUUGUUUUUUUGUGUGUUUUUUUCCCCUGUGAAGCGCAUUGUGUUGCAUCCAUGUCUGAAAUGUACUGGAUAAAUAAAGCUUGGUUUUGAUUAGAUUUGUGUGUGAGUGUAGUGAUGUGUGAAUAAUCUCUAAAAGCCCCCCCUUCCUCUUCUACCCAGAGCCAGACAAUGAGGCAUCGAUGCAGCAGCGCCCCCAGUCUCGCCCCUGCAGCCCUGUCCGUACGGACCAGGAGCUGCAACCCAAACUCUCCUCCAGCCCCCUCCGCUCUGCAGGGCCCACAUAUUCCUUCAAGAAAGGUAUGGACGUUCUCGUCGAUACACAAGACACACACACUUACAUUUUUAGUCAUUUAGCAGACGCUCUUAUCCAGAGCGACUUACAGUUAGUGAGUGCAUACAUAAUUUUUUUAUUUUUCAUACCCCCCGUGGGAAUCGAACCCACAACCCUGGCGUUGCAAACGCCAUGCUCUACCAACUGAGCUACAUCCCUGCCGGCCAUUCCCUCCCCUACCCUGGACGACGCUGGGCCAAUUUUGCGCCGCUCCAUGGGUCUCCCGGUCGCGGCCGGCUACGACAGAGCCUGGAUUCGAAUCUAGUGGCACAGCUAGCACUGCGAUGCAGUGCCUUAGACCACUGCGCCACUCGCACGCACACACUGCCACGCACACCACCGACACACACACACACACACACACACACAUACACAGUCACACACACAGACACACAUACACACAGUCACACACACACACACUCUGUCACAUGUGCGCACACUCUCCCACACAAACAGAGACACACCUUACCCCCUCACACACAAAAACGGUUUCACUCCGUUUCCCAUAAUCUACCUCUACAGCCCAGCUGCUCCUGGGUGCCAAGAAGAAGAAACAGUCUCUCUACCGCAGCGUCAUCUCAGACAUCUUCGACGGCUCUAUCCUCAGCCUGGUCCAGUGUCUGACCUGUGACAGGGUGAGCUGUGCUGUAUGUGUGGACCACCACCAGGGGGCGCCACUCCCAUAGGAACUCUGCUUUACUACCUCUGUUGAAACCUCACUACUGUCACAUUAAUAUUGAAUGUUGACUUCUUCUAAUUUGUAGACCUUUUACCACAGAUUAUUAUACCUAAACUUGAUCCUACUUUAUACAUGACUAUUAUGGAUUCUGCCUGUGUGGAUUAUCACUGUUCAGAUUGUUGAGAAGUUUUGGUCAAUCUCCUCUCAUCCUCUCCUCUCCUCUCCCCCCUCUAGGUGUCGACCACUGUGGAGACAUUCCAGGACCUGUCUCUGCCCAUCCCAGGUAAGGAGGACCUUGCCAAGCUACACUCCUCCAUCCACCAGAACCUCCCAGCCAAGACCGGGGUGUCUCUCGACGUCUACGGCUCCCAGGGCUGGAUCACCUACAUCAUGGACUCCAUACGCAGGUCAGGGGGUCAAGGGUCAGGGGAAGGGAGCUGUAGAUGGUAGGCAGGGAAUGGGGUAGAGAGUUGGGGAUGGGGGUAGAGAGCUGGGGAUGGGGGUAGAGAGCUGGGGAUGGGGGUAGAGAGCUGGGGAUGGGGGUAGAGAGCUGGCGAUGGGGGUAGAGAGCUGGGGAUGGGGGUAGAGAGCUGGGGAUGGGGGUAGAGAGCUGGGGAUGGGGGUAGAGAGCUGGGGAUGGGGGUAGAGAGCUGGGGAUGGGGGUAGAGAGCUGGCGAUGGGGGUAGAGAGCUGGCGAUGGGGGUAGAGAGCUGGGGAUGGGGGUAGAGAGCUGGGGAUGGGGGUAGAGAGCUGGGGAUGGGGGUAGAGAGCUGGGGAUGGGGGUAGCACUGGGGAACGUUCAUGGGGAUGCAACAUUACAGAACGUUCAGAUAUAAAUGUAUUGUGUAGAACAGAUAUGAUUGACUGUCAUCUAGAACAAGGAAUGGUGUCAACUCUAUUCAUUACAUUUCUAUCUGCAACAGCCAGUUGGCAAUGGUAACUCUUUACAAUGCACAUGCAUCAUUCCAUGGGAAUAACCUUACCUAGUAUGUAACUACUGUGUAACAAGUAUUAAACCAUAUGUAACAGUUCCAUAUUACUUGCUAUUUAUUCACCCCUGUACAUUGUCUCCCCCGCUACAGGUUUGUGGUGUCCUGUAUCCCCAGCUGGUUUUGGGGUCCCAUGGUGACACUGGAGGACUGUCUCGCUGCCUUCUUUGCUGCUGAUGAGCUCAAAGGUAAACUCGACAAGAUACAGUUGUUGUCCAAUAAGAUUACUCAACAUCCCUCAUGUACUGACUGCUUUUAAUGUCAUACAAAAAGCAUUUGUUGACUUAAACUUGGACUGAAUUAGGAAACAACUAAGUGUAUGUUAUUUUCUAGAGACCACAACAUUGACUGCACAGAUUUACAUGUCUGCAAAUUGAGCGUUAUCCCUCUUUAUAAAUAACAAGGCAUUUGGAUCGGUGAUAAGUUGUCUUUUUAAAACACAUAAAGAUGAGUUAACUAAGAAGCUGAGAAUACAACUGGGCUUCUUCAUUAGAAAUAGAUGGUGCUUCUCGCUUAAUAGUAGAAAACAGAUCAUUAAAUCGACGUCCCUGUCGGCCCUGGAUUAUGGCGACAUUAUUUCUAUGAAUGCAGCUGCCACUGCAUUGAACCAUUAGAUACUGUUUAUCACAGUGUACUCUUUAUGAUGCAGAGUCCCUUGCCAAAGAGACAUUGGUCUCAGUGGGACUUUCCUGCUUAAAAACAAAAACAAAUCCCCAGCAUGAAAUAAAUUAUCAGUCAUUUCUUAAUUAAUUGUUUUGCAGGGGACAACAUGUACAGCUGUGAAAAGUGUAAAAAGUAAGUAUUUUGGAGAAUUUUUAGUUACAUUUAGCAUUAGAAGAUUCAUCUGCCUAGUUGGUAAUACAGAUCACAUUACAACACACAUUUUAAUACUCUUUCACUUAUCUUGCAGAUUGAGAAAUGGUGUUAAAUAUUGCAAAGUACUUCGGCUACCUGAGGUAACGCUCUUAUCUUUGUCCCCUUCUGUGAUGUCAUACUUUGACUUCCUGCAUUUGACUUCCUGCGACUAAAGAUACCGAAGUUGUGAAAUGUUGUUGAUUUUCAUAGUGAAGAUAAUGCAUUUGUUUCAGGAAAUCUACAUUAAACAUUUUGUGUGUGUGUGUGUGUACAGAUUCUGUGCAUUCACCUGAAGCGUUUUCGUCAUGAGGUGAUGUACUCCUUCAAGAUCAACAGUCACGUGGCCUUCCCAUUGGAGGGACUCGACCUCCGACCUUUCCUGGCCAAGGACAGCCUCUCCCAGAUCACCACAUACGACCUGCUGUCCGUCAUCUGUCACCAUGGCACCGCAGGCAGUUAGUAACAAGUGACAGUCGACUGACUGUACUACCUGAUGUUUAGGGAACAUGGUUGUUAGGCUUCAAGGUUUUGAUUCAACUCAAAAUGUGACACUCAAAAUGUGUGUCAAAAUUCAACUCAUAUAAAAAUGUGAGAGUACCACAUCCUGUAACGUUCAGCUGCAAGUUACAGAAAGGGAGGUCAUGACACAGAAAAAGAUAGCUGCACACUGAUGAAUGCUGUUGGUUUCACAGCAUACCUUUAUCUACAUUUCUGCAAUUCCUCACUCUCUCACUUUCUCUUUCUUUCUUUCUUUCUCUCACUUUUUCUUUCUGUUCUUCGUUCUUUCUUUUUCUUUUCUUUUCUUUCUUUCUUCUUUCUUUCUCUUACUUUCUUUUAUGUCGUUUAUUGCUUCUUCGGUAGUCUUCUUGCGCUCAGUGCUCUUUCUUUCUUCACUUUCCUUUUUUACUCUUUCUCUUUCGUUCUUCUUUCUUCUUUCUUUCUUUCUUUCUUUCUUUCUUUUUUUCUUUCUUUCUUUCUUUCAUCCAUCCAUCCAUCCAUCCAUCCAGGUGGUCACUACAUAGCGUACUGUCAGAACGUGAUCAACGGUCAGUGGUAUGAGUUUGAUGACCAGUAUGUAACAGAGGUCCAUGAGACGGUGGUGCAGAAUGCUGAGGCCUAUGUGCUGUUCUACAGGUGACACUCUAACCUUCAUACCACAUUACAAUGAUAAUACAAAUGUAUUGCUGUUUUGCUGAACUAAUGUAUUUGUGUGUGUGUGUGUGUGUGUGUGUGUGUGUGUGUGUGUGUGUGUGUCGGGUCAUGUGUGUAUAUGUGUGCCUGCAUGCGUGUGUGUGCCUGUGUGCUCACCUGUGUGUGCGUAUCCAUCUGUGUGUGUGUGUCCACAGGAAGAGCAGUGAGGAGUCGGUGAGGGAGAGGCAGAAGGUUGUGGCUCUAGCCAACAUGAAGGAGUCCAGCCUGCUGCAGUUCUACAUCUCCAGAGAGUGGCUCAACAAGUUCAACACCUUCACUGAGCCAGGGCCCAUCAGCAACCACACCUUUCUCUGCCAGCACGGAGGUCAGUACUGUACUGAACCUACCACCUCAACCCAUCCUAAACAUCAACCACACCUUUCUCUGCCAGCACGGAGGUCAGUACUGUACUCAACCUACCACCAGAACCCAUCCUGAACAUCAACCAGACUCAAUCUAUAGAAGACCUGGGCUCACUUCAAGUAGUACUUGUUUUCUUUCAAAUACUUUAAGAUGUGCUUGAUUGAGCUUCCUGGCACAGUGGAACCAAUAUAGUAGUCUGAAAAGUGCAAACUCCACCCAUCUGAUCCAGUGGAUGCUGCUGAGGGGAGGACGGCUCAUAAUAAUGGCUGGAAUGGAGUAUAAUGGAUGGAAUGGAGUGGUAUCAAACACAAAAACCAUUCCAUUUACUCCAUUCCAGCCAUUAUUAUAAGCCGUUCUCCCCUCAGCAGCCUCCACUGAUCUGGUCUGAGGGUUUAGGGAUUCUAUUUCUAUGCCCUCACCAACCCCACCAUCAGUCCCCAAGCACAACCACUCUCAACCCCAAGCACAACCACUCUCAGCACCAAGCACAACCACUCUCAGCACCAAGCACAACCACUCUCAGCCCCAAGCACAACCACUCUCAACCCCAAGCACAACCACUCUCAACCCCAAGCACAACCACUCUCAACCCCAAGCACAACCACUCUCAACCCCAAGCACAACCACUCUCAACCCCAAGCACAACCACUCUCAACCCCAAGCACAACCACUCUCAACCCCAAGCACAACCACUCUCAAACCCAAGCACAACCACUCUCAACCCCAAGCACAACCACUCUCAACCCCAAUUCAACCUCAUUGAAAUAAUCUUCUUCACAUGUUUUGUCCAGGGAUCCCACCCAAUAAGUACCACUACAUUGACGACCUGGUGGUGAUCCUGCCCCAGAAUGUGUGGGAGUACCUGUACAACAGGUAAGAUGAGACUCUGUCUGUCCGACUGUCUGUCUUCCUACCCACCUGUCUGUCUGUCUAAUUGACUGUCCAUCUAUCUCUGUCCAUCAGACUGUCUAACUGACUGUCCAUCUCACUCUCUGUCCAGCUGUCUCUCGGUCUAACUGACUGUCCACAUGUCUCUCUGUCCAUCAGACUGUCUGUCUAACUGACUGUCCAUCUCACUCUCUGUCCAGCUGUCUCUCGGUCUGACUGACUGUCCACAUGUCUCUCUGUCCAUCAGACUGUGUGUCUAACUGUUUGUCUGUGUCCUAGUUUUGGAGGAGGCCCAGCAGUGAACCACCUGUACGUAUGUGCUAUCUGCCAGGUGGAGUUAGAGGCUCUGAUCAAACGCAGAAAGGUGGAAAUAGACACCUUUAUCAGGGUAAGAGGGAUGGGUCACUGUGUUUGUGUGUGUGCGUGCCUGUAAGUGUGUGUGUGUGUGCGUGCGUGUGUGUGUGUCCUGUAUCAAAGGCCUCACCUGUUCUCCCGGUCUGUCUCCAGUUGAAUAAAGAGUUCCAGGCGGAGGAGGCUCCUACAGUAAUCCUGUGUAUCAGCAUGCAGUGGUUCAGGGAGUGGGAGAACUUCGUCAAGGGCAAAGACAACGGUACAAUUCUAUGAGAAUGGUUGAUUUAUAAUCAGAGGCAUUACAGUACCAAUGAAAGCUAAAGAUCUGAAUUACUUAAUACUCUAUCAUUAUCACAUUGUAUCCUCUGUUCAGACCAGGGCCCAUAUCCACAAAGUGCCUCAGAGUAGGAGUGCUGAUCUAGGAUCAGGUCCCCACCUGUCCAUAUAAUAUUAUUCAUGAUGAUCUAAAAGACUGAACUGAUCCUAGAUCAGCAUUCCUACUCUGAGACGAUUUAUGAAUACUGGCCCGGAUAUGUAGAGGGGAUGAAUACAGUCUCAAAUGUUCUUUAGUAACGACACUAAAGCUCUUGGUGGUGUUUGUCAUUGUCUUCUUAGAGCCCCCUGGUCCUAUUGACAACAGUAAGAUUGGUGUGAUGAAAGGGGGACACGUACAACUAAAGCAAAGUAAGCAGUAUAUGCUUAUACACAUUCACAUUGUGUCUGGGUGUCGGUUGGUUGGUCUAUCUGUGGGUGCUUGAUCCUGUGUGUAUUGGUCUGUGCCUGUGUGUGUUCCUAGGGGCUGACUAUGGUCAGAUCUCAGAGGAGACGUGGCAGUAUCUUCUCAGUAUCUAUGGUGGAGGGCCUGAAACUGCAGUAAGACAGACAGUGCCGGCCCCGGCCCCCGACACAGACAGCCUGCACAGAGAGCGGAAGAUGGAGGCAGAGACCAGGGCACUCUGAGAAACACACACAAUGGUGAGACAGCACACACACACACACACACACACACACACACGUUGUGUUUACAAACACAAACACACACACCCAAACACACACAUAGGCAUGUUGUUUUUACAAACACACACACGCAAGUAUCAUCUCUGCCCGCUGACGGUUUUCCACAUCCAUACACAAGAACCCACACAUCAACAUCAGUUCCCACUGACAAACACGCAAACACACACACACACACACACACACACACACACACACACACCCACCCACCCACCUCAGGUCUAAGGAAGAUGUAGCAUAAACAUUCCUAUCUUACAUUUACAUUACAUUUACGUCAUUUAGCAGACGCUCUUAUCCAGAGCGACUCUACUAAACACUUCAGUACUAGACCUUUUGGCUCCUGUAACUGUCUGGGACCGUUACAGUCCACUCACUUUGUUCUCUCACGUAGCUCAUGUCAUUCUCAUGCUUCCACACAAGUGAUUCCUGAGUUAAUUAAGUAAUUAACAUUCCAUCAUGCUUAGGGUCAUGUAUAAAAAUGAUGGGCAGCCCAUUAUUUUGGCUACCAUGGCUAUGCCCUCAUAGGAUGACAAUGCCCCCAUCCACAGGGCACAAGUAAUCACUAAACGGUUUGAUAAGCAUGAAACCGAUGUAAACCAUAUACCAUGGCCUUCUCAGUCACCAGAUCUCAACCCAAUUGAACACUUAUGGGAGAUUCUGGAGCGGCGCCUGAGAUGGCGUUUUCCACCACCAUCAACAAAACACCAAAUUAUUAAGCUUUAUGUUGGUGUUUCCUUUAUUUUGUCAGUUACCUGUACAUUCUGUGUGUGUGUGUGUGGUGGGGGGGAGGUAGGUAAUGUACUUAAUGUAUAAACAGUUUGUAAAUCAGCCCAACUGUGUUUGAGAUUCCAGAUACUGUAACUAAAUCGAAGGGCCCUGAAGGGGAAUUUGUCUUGCACAAUAAAACAUAAAAAGCUAGGCAAGUCUACUAGAGGUGUGAACGUAUGAAACGUUUAAAUGAAACUGAAUCGGUAACGCUAAAUAAAAAAUUCUUAAUGGAAAAUGUUCGUUUUUUUCCCCCCACAAUAUGCAAAUAGGCCUACAGAACGCAACAAUGCUGUAAAGUGAGUAGGAGGAGUUAUGCAUCUUUCAAAUUAAUUGCCACUGAUAUAAAGUGCUCUGCACGUCCUUGUCGUUAAGUUGGAAAUAGAACGCUGAUUACAGAAAUGAUUGCGGUUGAUAUGCAGCCAUUGUCAAGGCCUACUUGAGUUGCGAGGUAAUUUGCUAAAUGAAGAACUGCAAGUGCAUCUUUCUCAUCAAUAUCACUGGGAGUUGAGACAUACAGUUUAAAAAUGUGUCCCUUUUUAACCAGUAGGUAGCUGCAUCUUUUUUGCCCUGUGUUUGAUUUGUAAGCUUAAACUAGGUGGGCAGGCUUUCGUUAAACAUGAAACAAAGUAGGCCCCUAGACUAAUUAAUACACUAUUUGCCUAUAUCAAAACAAUGUUUUGUCUGGAACCUGCCCAGGUUUAGGGGGGAUUUUAACCCAGUGGCGGUCAGUGCCAUUUAAGAUGAGGGAGGACGAUUAUUUUUUGAAUGAGCAUGGCCUUAUUUCUGUUACAGCAUAUACGCUCUCUCCUCCUCUCACAUUUUCCCUUCACUUGUGGACAUCAGUGCACAACACAUCAACUUUCCAAGCCAAAAAAUGCAUAUCAUAACCGCUACACACAGCCUACAUCGUUGUCACCAUAUUAGCUAAUGUCAUAGUUAUAGUAGCUAUGUUGACUAACACGUUAGUAAACCCACUACAAUCAUGCAGUACAGUCAGCAAGCAGUUUAGCAGUUACACUGGCCCAGAGGAGGACGGAAACUAGCUGUCCUCCGGCUAUCCCAUGGUGCUACGCUACAGAGUGCUGUUGAGGCUACUAUAGACCUUUAUUGCAAAACAGUGUGUUUUAAUCAAUUAUUUGGUGAAGUGAAUAUAUUUAGUGUAGUUUUAUCUAAAAAGGAUAACUUUUUCUAAAUGUUUCAAUAGUUUUAUUUUUCUGAAAUUCACUGAGGAGGAUGGUCCUCCCCUUCCUCCUCUGCGGAGCCUCCUCUGUUGUAACCUAUUUGCAAAACAGCCUAAAAAAGGCGAGAUGCAUCUAUUAUUCCAAAACUGCAGCUCGUGAUUGGAACACACAUUUCUCUUCUUUAAUCAACCAGUCCAUUUUGAAUUUGUGAUAAAGCUGUUGUGAUUUAGCAAGGAAUGUAGCUUGACUACAGUUUUGAUUGUGUAUCCCAUCAGUUAGAUACGUUUUUAUAGGCAGUAAUUUCUGUAGGCCUAAUGGGAGCGUGUGUAGAGGGAGCGGUCGUAUCGAAAUUGAGAGACAAGUAACAAAAGGAAAAGAGAAUGUAGGGAGAAGAACUGUGAUCACUUGGCUAUGUUUCAUUUUUGUUGUGAGUCGCUAAUGCACAUAAAAAAUGGAAGGAACACUGAGUCAAUGUGAAUUAACGGUUGUCUUUGUGACAAAAUGUCACCUGCCUGUUCAGGCAGCCACAAAGCAUAUUAUAGAUGCCUAAAUGCGUCCGCAUGCUUCCCAGCCAAAACAGUUUGAAAGAGUUUAUGGUCCUCUGUAGCUCAGCUGGUAGAGCACGGCGCUUGGAACGCCAAGGUAGUGGGUUCGAUCCCCGGGACCACCCAUACGUAAAAAUGUAUGCACACAUGACUGUAAGUCGCUUUGGAUAAAAGCGUCUGCUAAAUGGCAUAUUAUUAUUAUGAUUAUUAUAUAUUAUGAAGACAUUUUGUGACGUUUUGGACUUCGGUAAGGGUUUUUUCGAUUGUUCGGGCACACCAAUGUUUUUCUGGAGGCAAGCCGAAGUCGGUAGGCGAAGUCUACGUCCCUUCGUUGGUGAAUGGUCAACAGUAGGGAUUCUUCAGAAAAGUUUUUGUUGACAUUCAAUGAUAGAUGACUUAUUUUCAUGUACAUUUUCUCAUUGAGAAAUGCUGCACCAAACAUCUUAGUCGCGCAAUUUUACAUCUAACUAAGAUAUCCUCGAGAAAAUUGUCAAAAUUAAUGAGAUGUCUUGAGUUAUAUUAAUUCGGACUAUUUUGAGGAAGUGUAUACUGGCUACGGCAUCUCAAGAUGGACAAACAGUACUAUUGCCGCUUUUUUCUCGUUUUACAAGUGAAGGUCUUUUAAGGGUGUAUGCGAGCACACUUGUUCGGUUCACCUAUCCAAGCUCAGCUAGGCUUCAUCCAAACCCGAAGCAUGCGGAAGCCUACUGUAUGACUGCGGUAGAACUUCACUGCCCCCUAGCAGUCAUACCAUGCAAUAGGAUUUCUCGUUGAAUUUUGUGACAUUUUCUUAUAGUUUUAAUGGAACCCCCCCAAAAAUGGCAGUUUAAAUGUCAAGAAAAUGGUUCAAUUUGUCACAUCCCUACAUUCUACAAAAAAUACUACACACCAGAAUACACAGAAUUCCUGCAAGUCAAUUUCCAUAUGCCCUUGGUGUAUUUUCCUCUUUUAUCAGCAAUGUUUUCCUUCCCUCCCUUCUAGGUCGUCUGUCUGUCUGACUCCUACACUGGCCCUCACUGGAGCUGAGGGGUUUGAUUUGCACCUUGGUGAAGAGAAGCCUUGUCGUGAGCACUUUGUAUAAUGUAGCAAUGCGCCUCAUUCUAUUACCUGUGCAGAAAGACGUAGUUGUCAAUUAUCAUCCUAUCGUAGUGGAAAAGGUGUUAUUUAUUGAACAAAUCUUAAUAAGAUGUUUAAGUGAAAAAUAUAACAUUGCGUGACACCAUGUCUCUGAAGCUGUUUUGGCAGUUAUGGUUGGUUGGUUAACUCUAAAACAAAAUGGCUGCUGUACUAGGUGUUUCAUCGUUAAAGGUGUUCAGACGAGAAGUGGAGGGAGGGAGUGGCGUUUGGGACCAUGAUGCCGAGGGGCGUGACAUCAUCAGUGUUAAUUGCUGCUUGACGACUCGGGUCAACAUGUACAUUCUUCUCCACACAAGACAUUCAAUUACGACACGUCGGCCACUCAUUUUUUUUUUAUUUUCACGAGACAACCAAAGAGGACGGAUGUGAAAAAAGUAAAAGGAUGUUCAGAGCGUGUUGAAUGUUGUGCUCCUUUCCGAGGAGGACUGCAAUGUUUUCCGAUUGUCGUGACUCGUGGCGUCUCAUCGCAUAGUCAAUUGACUUUACGAUGUAUAUAUUUAAAUUAUACAGAUUAAGGCUCAUCCCAUCAAGACCCUCUAGUAGUGUAUGUUUACAGACAGUAUGAACAAGCAGAUGAGGGGAUUCUCUCUCUUUCCGUUCCUUAGAGAAUGAGUUCACAAGGUGUUUAGGUGUAGGAGAUGAGCCUUGUCCCAGAUCUGUUUG